CUGAGUCCGCCCCGCCGGGGGAGGAACUACAACUACCAGAAUGCACUGCGAGCGCCGCUACUAAUGAGAUCCGCUGAGCUGCUCCGGGGCCGGGGUGUAAUGUAAACAGCGCCAGAUGCAGCACGUGUGAGACAUUGGCCCGUGUAACAUGUUGCUGCUCCAGAAGGACUAGUCUGUCAUCUCCUACUGCCACUUACUGACUGCCAGCUGCCCUCCAACAUGUCUGAUAACACUAGAUUGCUGGGCCAUCAGAAGCCCAGUGGCUACGGGACCCUGCCACCCUGUGAGUUCAUAUCCUGCAUGGAGAUCCGAGGGUACCGGAGAGUAACAUGGAAGCUGCUUCUGUUCUGCAUCCUCUGCGUCCUGACACUGGGGCUCCUCCUCCUCUUCAUCCACUGGAAACCCCGCCUCUACGUGCUCCUCACCUGCCGCCACUGCCCCCUGGCUGAAGCCCAAUGGCUCGUUAUUAAGGAUGCAUUCGGCCAGAUCUCCAUCUCAGAAGUGCGAACGGAGCAGGGCGUGGAUGUGAGCCUGGGGCAUCAUGUGAUCGGGCGACUGGGAAAAAAUGGAGUGGGAAGUGUGAUUGUUGGGGUGGAAGAUCAGGAAGAAUUUAAGGAUACGAUUCAGCUGCAUCACAAGGAUGAGAAUAAUGAGCUGCGGUACUUUGUGUUCGAAGGGAUGAGAUACAUCUGGAGCAACUGGACUCAGAACUUUGUCAAGGUCAGCUCAUUGGAUGAAGGGGUGACAUGUGGAGAGUUGCACAAGAAGAAGUUGGGGCUGAGCCAGACGGAGCACAAUGGCAGGAAGCAGAUCUAUGGAGCCAAUGAAAUUGACGUCCCAGUUAAAUCUUAUGGGAGGCUGUUGAUUGAAGAGGUGCUGAACCCCUUCUACAUCUUCCAGGUGUUCAGUAUUGUUCUCUGGAUGUGCGAUAAUUAUUAUUAUUACUCCGGCUGUAUCCUCGUCAUCUCCGUCAUUUCCAUUGGCCUUUCCCUGUACGAGACCCGGAAGCAAAGUGUGACCCUGCGCAACAUGGUGAAGAUGCAAGUGAGUGUGAGAGUGCGGCGGGAGACUGGAGAGGAGAUGUUGGUGAAUUCCCCGGAUCUGGUGCCUGGAGACUGUAUCAUCCUCCCCCCUGAAGGAAUCCUGAUGCCGUGUGAUGCAGCGCUGCUGUCCGGGGAGUGCAUGGUGAAUGAGAGUAUGCUGACAGGGGAGAGCGUCCCUGAGAUGAAAACCCCCCUGACUGAUGGGCCCCAGGCUGGCGGCACCCCGUAUUGUCCAGAGGAGCACAAGAGGCACACGCUGUUUGGGGGGACCCAGAUAAUCCAGGCCAAAACCUACCUGGACAAAGAGGUGAUCGCAGUGGUGACAAGAACAGGUUUCUGCACAGUGAAGGGGAAUCUCAUCAGCUCCAUCCUGCACCCCAAACCCGUCUCCUUCAAGUUCUACAGGGACGCUGCGAAGUUUGUGCUGGUCCUGGGCCUGUUUGCAUUUUUGGGCAACAUUUACAGCAUCGGAAUCCUCAUCAAGAACAAGGUCUCUGUAAGACGGAUCAUUAUACAAACCCUGGAUCUGAUCACCAUCAUUGUCCCCCCUGCACUGCCGGCUGCCAUGACUGUAGGGACCAUCUAUGCCCAGAGCCGCCUGAAGAAACAGGGGAUCUUCUGUAUCAGCCCCCCGAGGAUCAACGUCUGCGGCAAAAUCAAGUUGUUCUGCUUCGAUAAGACCGGGACACUGACGGAGGAGGGGCUUGAUGUUUGGGGGGUUGUCCCAUUGGAUAACACAAACUUCCUCCCCAUUACCCACGACCCCCGAUGUCUGCCCGACGGCCCAAUCCUGCAGUCCCUGGUCUCCUGCCACUCAGUCACUCUGCUUAAAGGGAACCUCAUCGGGGAUAUUAUGGACGUGAAGAUGAUGGAAUCGACCAAUUGGACUCUGGACUCUCAGGACAUGGACGAGCAGAUGACGGAACAUUUUGGGACCAAGGUUCUGGCAGUGAUGAAGCCGCCACCACUGGAUGAGCAGCCGCACGGACCGAAACAUCACGUGCCCAUUGGUGUAUUACGGAGAUUCCCUUUCUCCUCCGCACUCCAAAGGAUGAGCGUCAUCAGCAAACUCCCCGGGGACUCCCCCGCGCUCCUCUACAUGAAGGGGGCACCCGAAAUGGUGGCGAGUCUGUGCAAGAGCGACACUGUACCCCUGGAUUUCUCCGCCAUGCUCAAGCAAUACACCAAGGACGGGUAUCGGGUUCUGGGCUUUGGGUACAAGACCCUCGACUCAGUUAAAACCUUUGAGGAUGCCCAGCUGGUAACAAGGGAGUCGGUGGAGCAGGAUCUCUCCUUCCUGGGGUUCCUCAUAAUGAAGAACGUCCUGAAACCAGAAACUGCGCCCGUUAUCCAUGAGCUGCGCAGGGCCAAUAUCCGCACCGUCAUGGUGACAGGGGAUAACAUGCUGACGGCAGUGAACGUUGCCAGGAGUUGUCAUAUUGUGGAGGCGACAGAGAGAGUUUUCUUCGCCAGUGCGUCCCCCCCGUCCCUGAAUAAAGCAGCGAGUGUGAAAUUCAUUCCUGCAGAAGCGGCGACCCCAGAGGAGACACAAGAGACUCUGUACCAACAGGGCGGCUCAUUCCUGGAUAAAGGACCUUAUUGCUUCGCUAUGAACGGGAAAUCCUUCUCUGCUCUGUGUGAUCACUUCCCCCAGUUACUGCCCAAAAUAUUGAUUCACUCGGCCAUAUUCGCCCGAAUGUCUCCGGAUCAGAAAACCCAAUUGGUGCAGAACCUGCAGGAGCUGAAUUACUGCGUGGGGAUGUGCGGAGAUGGAGCCAAUGACUGCGGAGCUCUCAAGGCUGCUGAUGUCGGGGUGUCUCUUUCGGAUGCAGAAGCCUCAGUGGCCUCCCCCUUCACUUCCAGAACCAGUAACAUUGAGUGUGUCCCUGCUCUGAUCCGGGAAGGUCGCUGCUCCCUAGAGACGUCAUUUGGGAUGUUCAAGUACAUGGCGCUGUACAGUUUAACCCAGUUCAUUACUGCGCUGAUCCUCUACACUGUGAAUACGAAUCUUGGGGACCUCCAGUUCCUCUACUUUGACCUGGUGAUCACCACCCUCGUGGCCAUUCUCAUGGGAAGAACUGGUCCAGCCAAUGAGCUGGGGAUCAAACGUCCGCUGGGCACAUUGAUCAGUCUCCCUGUCCUGGGAAGUCUCAUCUUCCAGACCAUCCUGAUCCUCAUCAUUCAACUCAUCCCACUCUUCCUUGUCCAAAAUCAGAGCUGGUUUGUCCCCGUGAAUGUGACAAAUCCUGAGACUGUGCAUCUGCCCAAUGAUGAGAACACGGUUCUGUUCUGUAUUUCCGGGUUCCAGUAUCUCAUCCUGGCCGUGGUCCUGUCCAAGGGACACCCCUUCCGGAAACCUAUUUACACCAACGUGCCCUUCCUGCUGCUGCUCUUGGCUUUGUUGGCUCUGUGUCUCUGGAUCACUAUUGCCCCCCUGGGCUUCAUGAAGUCUCUCCUACAGCUCGUCACUUACACUGACAUUAACUUCCAGGGGGUCCUGGUGGGACUCGUCACUGUCAACUUCAUUGCUGCCUUCCUUGUGGAGAUGGCUUUGGAUUACGGGUUUCUGAACUGCUUGAAGCGACUGCGGAGGAAAAAGGAGCCCAAGAAGCUGUAUAAGAGAAUAGAGAGGGAGCUGCAGGGGCAGCUGUCAUGGCCGCCUAUAGAGCAGACUCUGCACCCGGGGCCCAUACAGACCUAUCGGGGGAGGUAGCAGGAGCAGGAGCCGGGCAGGUCCCAGUGGAUGAAAGUUGGAUAAGGACGUGGCCAGUUGUGAAAUUGAAAUUUGCACCUUAAACCACCAGCCCCGGAGCGGUUUAGAGGCAAUAAUAGAUUUUUAUUCCAUUUCUUAGACUUAGACCAUUCUGAAAAUGUUGUUGUUUCUCUGGGGAGCCAGCAGGGCGGCGCAGAAGUUACACACGGGUGGUUUGAUUCUCAGACUUUAUAGGUUUUCUGGUUAAAUUGUGGAUGUGCUGGAGCCGUCAGACCCCGCCCCCGAGGUGCUGUUACAUAAAUCCGUUCUCCUGUCGUUUAUCAGGGGGCGGGGUCAGAACUAAUGGCUCCGCCCACGUGUCUCUCCCAUGUUUACACUUAUUGACUGAUGUUGCGAUACCUCAAGAGAAAUGUCAUUAAUUAUAUUGUUAUUAUUAUUAUUACUACUGAUUUGUGGCUCCUGCUGCGGGGAAAUUAGUUACAGUUGGAAAACGGGUAAAAUUGACAAGAGGGGGGCUCACAUUGGCUCCCCUCUUUCUAGACUUCAACUCGCAGCUUUAUACGUGGAUCUGGAUUAAGAGACAAUGUUGGAAUCCCAGUAUUAAAGCUCACCCCUUA